AUACAUAAAUCUGUACACCGACAUAAAUUCACGAUGAGCGGACGCGGCAAAGGAGGCAAGGGACUCGGGAAAGGAGGCGCCAAGCGUCACCGCAAAGUUCUCCGCGACAACAUCCAGGGAAUCACCAAACCCGCCAUCCGCCGUCUGGCUCGCCGCGGCGGCGUGAAGCGUAUCUCCGGCCUGAUCUACGAGGAGACCCGCGGCGUGCUCAAGGUUUUCCUGGAGAACGUGAUCCGCGACGCCGUCACCUACACCGAGCACGCCAAGAGGAAGACGGUGACCGCCAUGGACGUGGUGUACGCGCUCAAGAGGCAGGGCCGCACCCUGUACGGCUUCGGAGUGAAAGCCCCGAAGAAGGGCUCCAAGAAGGCCGUGUCCAAGAGCGUCGCCAAGGGCGGCAAGAAGAGGAGAAAGUCCCGCAAGGAGAGCUACGCCAUCUACGUGUACAAGGUGCUGAAGCAGGUGCACCCCGACACCGGCAUCUCCUCCAAGGCCAUGGGCAUCAUGAACUCGUUCGUGAGCGACAUCUUCGAGCGCAUCGCCGGCGAGGCCUCCCGCCUGGCGCACUACAACAAGCGCUCCACCAUCACCUCCAGGGAGAUCCAGACCGCCGUGCGCCUGCUGCUGCCCGGCGAGCUGGCCAAACACGCCGUGUCCGAGGGCACCAAGGCCGUGACCAAGUACACCAGCUCCAAAACCAGCGAAGACCAAGAUCUGAAAAAAAUGGCCAGAACCAAACAGACAGCUCGUAAGUCCACCGGAGGAAAAGCUCCCAGGAAGCAGCUCGCCACCAAGGCUGCCCGCAAGAGCGCGCCGGCCACCGGCGGCGUGAAGAAGCCUCACCGCUACAGGCCCGGUACCGUGGCGCUGCGGGAGAUCCGCCGCUACCAGAAGUCCACCGAGCUGCUGAUCCGCAAGCUGCCCUUCCAGCGCCUGGUGCGAGAGAUCGCCCAGGACUUCAAGACCGACCUGCGCUUCCAGAGCUCCGCCGUCAUGGCUCUGCAGGAGGCCAGCGAGGCUUACCUGGUCGGCCUGUUCGAGGACACCAACCUGUGCGCCAUCCACGCCAAGAGGGUCACCAUCAUGCCCAAAGACAUCCAGCUGGCCCGCCGCAUCCGCGGGGAGAGAGCUUAGAUUCACCCGAGACCAGACGCUGACAAAACG